ACCCAGAAGAACACAGCUGUGCGCGCCCAGAGGCUCUGGGGGCGGGAGAGGAUAAGUCGCAAGGAGGGGGCGGGACCUACACCUCAGGAAAGCCGGAGGAUUGGGGCACGAAGCGGGGCUUUGAUGACCCGCAAAGGGCGAGGCGUGCAGGAGGUGGGGGAAUUAAGUGAAACAGGGAAGGUUGUUAAACAGGACCCUGUGGGCAAGGCCUUAAGGGGCGUGGUCUUUGUCUGGGCGGGGUCUUUGGGCGCCGACGAGGCCUGGUUCUGGGUGGGCGGAGCUACUGCGGGGCGGUGCCUGCUGUGGAAAUGCCAGCCCGCGCGCUUCUGCCCAGGCGCAUGGGGCAUCGUACUCUAGCCUCCGCUCCUGCCCUGUGGGCCUCCAUCCCGUGCCCUCGCUCUGAGCUGCGCCUGGAUCUGGUUCUGCCUUCUGGACAGUCUUUCCGGUGGAGGGAGCAAAGUCCUGCACACUGGAGUGGUGUACUAGCGGAUCAAGUAUGGACACUGACUCAGACUGAGGAGCAGCUCCACUGCACUGUGUACCGAGGAGGCAAGAGCCAGACUAGCAGGCCCACACCAGACGAGCUGGAGGCCGUGCGCAAGUAUCUCCAGCUAGAUGUCACCCUGGCUCAACUGUAUCACCACUGGGGUUCCGUGGACUCCCACUUCCAAGAGGUGGCUCAGAAAUUCCAAGGUGUGCGACUGCUGCGACAAGACCCCAUCGAAUGCCUUUUCUCUUUUAUCUGUUCCUCCAACAACAACAUCGCCCGCAUCACUGGCAUGGUGGAGCGGCUGUGCCAGGCUUUUGGACCUCGGCUCAUCCAGCUUGAUGAUGUCACCUACCAUGGCUUCCCCAGCCUGCAGGCCCUGGCUGGGCCAGAGGUGGAGACUCAUCUCAGGAAGCUGGGCCUGGGCUAUCGUGCCCGCUACGUGAGUGCCAGUGCCCGAGCCAUCCUGGAAGAACAUGGCGGGCUAGCCUGGCUGCAGCAGCUUCAAGAGGCCUCAUAUGAGGAGGCCCACAAGGGCCUCUGCACCCUGCCUGGAGUGGGCACCAAGGUGGCUGACUGCAUCUGCCUGAUGGCCCUAGACAAGCCCCAGGCUGUGCCCGUGGAUGUCCAUAUGUGGCAGAUUGCCCAACGUGACUACAGCUGGCACCCUACCACGUCCCAGGCGAAGGGACCGAGCCCCCAGACCAACAAGGAACUGGGAAACUUUUUCCGGAGCCUGUGGGGACCUUAUGCUGGCUGGGCCCAAGCGAGUUUUACUCUUGUUGCCCAGGCUGGAGUGUUGCCCAGGCUGGAGUGCAAUGGCAUGAUCUUGGCUCAUCGCAACUUCUGCCUCCCGGGUUCAAGUGAUUCUUCUUUCUCAGCCUCUCAAGUCUGUCUCUUGCACAUGUCUGGGAUCAACUUGAAGGACAGAGACCAGGUUUGAGAUAUUUCUGCAUUCCCAGCACCAAGAACAGAGCCAUCUCCAGCCUCAGUUCCCAAACCUAGGCCAGAACACCUAGCUCUUGGCAGCAAGUUAAAUGGACUGACUGGCACCUUCAUUCUCCCGACUUCUUUCUCUUCAAGAACCCAGGGCUACUGGAAGAGCAGCCCCUGUCCCACCCAUUGUCAUCCAGAAGUGAAAAGCUGGGGACAGUUUAGGCCCUAGAUAGUGCUGCCACAGGGCCUGGGCUGUGGGAAACAGGAAGCAUUAAUUGACCAGAUGAAGCACCACCCUGGACUCAGCCUCCCUCAGCCAUCCAGCACCCAAUCCUGCCCUGGACUCACGUGCCC